AUGGGAGGUCUGGAAGGCUGGCAGGAUCAGGCCUUGUGCGUGUUGGGCUCGAAGCAGGGGCAUGGAGGCGCUGGACCAAGAGCUGGAGCAAGGGGGAAUUGGGCCAUCGCGCGACAUGGGCUUGCGCUAGGCAAGCUGGCCACGUGCUCCAAUUUGGGGCGGUCUGGCGCAUCACCUGGGCCUCGCAUGCGGAGCAGGCCUCGCUGGGCGCUCGAGCUGGGCUGGAGACUCGCGCUGGGCUGGAGACACGAGUUGGGCUGCGCGCGCUGGGCAGUUCAUGCUGGGCUCUACUCAACGACCAUGUCUUCUGAAAGAAGGAGCCGAUCACCAAGCUCGCAAGUACCCUUGUACCUAUGGGGUGGCUCUCAAGUUCCCAAAGAGAAGUUUGUGGCCAAUCUGCACCGUGUCACCACCGAGGCCCAGUUCAAAACAUGGCGUGCCCUUUUCAAUUUCGCCAUUCCCAAGGACGUACAUGUCAAGUUAGCAGAGCCCUCAUCCGACAGCGUACCACGGGUGGAUUCGAACAAUCCAGGUGCCAGGAUCAUCACGUUCCGCCCCUUCUAUUUCUCGCUAGGCUUCACGUUUCCGAUGUCGAAAUUUUUCAGGGAUGUGCUUUGCGCCAUGGAGUGUGCCCCGAGCCAGUGUACUCCAAACGUUUAUCGAGCGGUCAUCUGCUUUGAAAAUUUGAGUCACUUCUUCAAGCUAGAUUUGACAGUGCAGGAAUUCUUCUAUUUCUUCGAGGUGAGACGCUUCGAGAAGUAUGCCCAACUUCGUGCGCGCAAACCCAAGUUGUUUGAUAGUUUAAGUCAAGGCGAUCAUGUGUGGAGCAAGGAUGUGCUGGAGGUCAGUGGCAGAUGGGAAGGGGAGGUUGGCGACGGUCCGCUCGUUCCUCUCACCUACUGUGACGAUGAUGCCAUCCGAAAGAAGCUCGUCCUCGACCCAGACAUGAUGAAGGUUCGGCAGGCUUUGAGCAUCCCUGCCAAGUUUCGUGAAUGGCGCUGGCUGUUGAGCGAACAUCGGAAGAAAGUCGGUGGCCUGCCCCCUGCUGAAGAUAUUGGAAGAUGGAAGUUGCACUGCCUGAAGCUAAGUGACUUGCCAGUUGAGCAGGAUGAGUCAUCGACCGAGUCCCCCGAGGAUAGAAAGGCGUGCAGUGGACCUGCCCGUGACGGAGCUGCAGUUUCUCGAUCAAUGGAUACGUCCCUGCAGCGGGGGCAGCCGAGAUCUUCUCUUGCCGCGAACAAGUCUUCCUCACAGGAGGCCUCGUCUGCCGGGAUCAAACGCCUCGUCAGCGCGAACAGCAGGAAGGCCAACGGCAUGCAGGAAGUUCGGGAUAUGUUGUUCAAGUCGCUAACCGUAUUGCCCAAAACUUGUGAUCUGCCUUGUAAGGAGGCCGUUGAGAAGCAAGGUUCGGGGCGUCUGCGCCGGUCUGGGGACCAAACUGAGAGGACUGUACCUCUGCCCAGCCACCAUGACUCGUCUGCAGGACCACGAACAAUCAAGCGCGGAGCUGACUCGAUGUUGCAAGCUGCAAGCAAGAAAGCUAAAGAGUCGUCUGCUUGA